AUGUUCAGCCUUGGUUUGGUAACCGGCACCAUGACGAUCCUGCGGGUCUUGGUUUACCGCGAAAACAUCGAUGACUGGAUUUUGCAACUCGACAUCUUUGCCGGACUCAAAUGGUCUGUAAUCGAAGUCACUACGGCCUACGUGAUCUCUUGCAUGCCCGCAACCCGUUUUCUAUUUGUGCAACUUCUCCCACGAUUUCAAAGGCUCCCAGCCGUGCAACAAGCACGGCCUCAUCUUGCAUGGAUGUCAUGGCCAACGAAAUGGACAAGAAAGGGCCAAAGUAGUAACGGCACUUCAAGAGCCAGUGACGUCAACACGGCUCGUAUAGCAGCUAGGCAAGAGCGUCACCUCGAGAUGGGAAACUUCAGCCUGAAGGACGGCACGACUGAGGCUUCUACGAAGUUUUGUGGAUCUAUGGACUACUCGAUUGGCUCAUCAGAAGGCACAGUACGGAAGCAUGGCUCAACAUAA